ACUUCUUAAAUCGUGUGUUGUGUGUGUGAGUGUGUGUGUGUGCAAGUGGGAAGCUACAAUCAACAAGAACAGCAACAGCAACAACAACAACAGAAACAGCAAGAAACGCCCCAAGUCAACGCUUUCAAUCUGAGCGUCUAAUUAUAGGAAUCCAAAGUGUCUAAAAAUAAAAUUCUUCAUUCAAUUCCACAUUUCAAUUCCACAAACAUGGGCAAACACAAAUCUCGUAUUGUCGUAGAACGGUUGAGGGAGUGAGAUAGCGAACUGACUUUCGUAAUAAGCGUGAGCGUUCCAAGCCAACACGAACGAACAGCUGUUUCCAUUAAGUGAUAACAGAGAACUAACGGAGCUGCAGCAGCAGUACCAGAAGAAGGUGGUGGAGGAAGUAGUGGAAGUGGAAGUGGAAGUGAAACUGGAAGUCGAACCGAAGGUGGGGUGCGGAGGGUCGGGCUAUUGUAAAAUCUGUCUAGCAAGGAAACAAACACAUACAGGGCAAGCGCAACCAGUUAGACAACGAAACAGCGAUAGGAUCCAAAGAACGAGACGGUUGUAUAUAUAGACAGAGAGAGAGAGAGGGAGAGAGAGAGCACGCCUAAGAGAGAAAGACCUGGUGAGAGAGAGAGAGCGAAAUAAUACUCUCUUUGCUGCAGCAGAAGUAGCAGCAGCGCCACAAAUCAAGCACACAAAACCCCCAAAGCGUGUUCCAAAUCCAAACCAGCCGCAUUGUCAUCAUCAUCAUCAGCGCGGAUCACCGUCGCCGCCGCUGACGACGACGACGCCGCUGCCGUCACCACUCUGAACCACCACCCACUCAUUCACUACCCCGCAAUGCAGCAAUUACGGGCAUUACGUUAACUACCGCCAUCAAAGACACUCUAAACUGAAAUCGAUAUCAUCGUACCCGUUACACACACCAAAAGCACACAAGAAACUGCACAUUAUAUCCCAACUAAUUCUAAAAUUUUCAAUUGUUUUAUUUUAAUUUUUUUUUUGUUUUUUUUUUUGAAUUUUUUUUAUUGAAAAUUUAUUGUGAUUUUGAAACUUUGUGAUUGAGCAAAAGAGCAAAAAAUUAAAGCAAGAAAAGAAAAAACAAGAAAGUUCCUUAAGCAAGUGAUAAGUUGUUUAACCCAAAUAUAUAUAUAUAUAGUUAACCUUAUUACAUAUAUAAGUACAACAAAUAUCGGUGUAAAUUACGCACAGGACUCACUAUAAGCAGCAGAUCUAGGAAAUACACACACACAAACUCAAAGAACCCUAUAUAUAUAUAUAUCUUUAUCCAUAUAUAUAUAUACAAUUCGCAUCGUUUUAGUGCAAAAUCCAGCAUGCCAAAAUGAUUUUCGUACUACCAUUAUCGCUGAGAAUUGCCCUACUCGUGGUCUUCUUCACUCACAUCAUGGCUUUGGUCAAUGCCAGUCCACUUACCUCCCUGCCACCCGAGGAGGAGAGAAUGAUACGUUGUAGCGAUGUUCUAGCCGAAUCCAUUCAGUUAAUAUGUAAGGGACGUACAAACUCCCUGGCGGAUCUCUAUCCACGCAGUGUGGGACAGCGCGUUAAGCGUUUAAGUAACAAUCAGCAGGCAUCAUCGGGUGGCUUCUAUAGAAUCCUACAGAGCGGCGCCAUCCAUGAAUGUUGUCGUCAUCCCUGCGGUCACUCUGAAAUCAAACGAUAUUGUGCCCCAGAUUGAAUUCCAAAAUCGAGUAGAGGAUAAAUAGAAUUUGUUGUUCUUGAGUCGGGGAGUCGGGGGACUAACAGGGCGGGGAUUCAGUGGGAUUUCAUAUCCUGCAUAUACAUCUAUAUAUAUAUGUGUAUGUGUAUCCAGUAAUUGU